UUAUUUCUUUUUGUUCUUCACGUUUGUGAUUUGCCAUUAAAUUGUUGAGUAUAGUAUUAGGUAGUAGCUACUAAUAUUUCUAAAAGGGUGUUAAAUAUGUCUAAGUACAAAUACCUUAUUAUUAUUUUAAUGAUUAUGAAAUCACUAUCUUAUUCAAAAGCAGCAGAUUUUAGUAAUAUAUUCAUAUUGGACGAAAGUUGUGAAGAUUUUAAUAAAAGGAUGGAAGAACAAGGUUUACCGUUAAUUGGCCAAACAUUUGAGACAUAUGAAGAGAGUUUUAAGUUAAACGCAGAAUAUCAAAGAAAAAACAUCCACCAACUUAAUAAGGAAGAAUACACUGUAUUAAUGAAUAGUAUACCCAGAAUAAAUGAUACACUUGAAGACGUCAAUAAAAGAAAUAGUUAUGAUGUUGAACAAGGUACAACAAGGUACAACAACAAGAUACAACAAGAAUUUGAAGACAGCAAGGGAAAAGGUGAAUACAAAUUACAACAAUAUAGUGAGAUCAUUUUCAAGCAAUUAAAAAUUCGAUAUCCUCAAAUAUAUGAAACUUAUUAUGAGUAUAGUAGAAGGCUGAAAGAAAACAAGCUAGAGCCUCUUGGAAAAGAAUUUGUCAAUUGGUUAAAGAUGUUGUUUCCGAUAUUUGGUGAAACGUAUGAUGAAUAUACAAAGAGAAUGGAGGAAAAAUUGCUUAUUCCAAUGCAACGAGAAUCUUUUAUUUUGUACCAAAUUUAUUAUCCGAUUCCUUGGGUAGAAUAUAAACAAUUCAACAAAACUAUGGACUUUUUAGGAAAAAGCAAUAUAUUUCCAGCUUUAGGCUUGGAGAAGUUUCCCCAAGAAAUAUUUGACUAUUUAAAAAGCCAAUUUCCUGAACCAUUUGAAAGUCAAGAAAGUUUUGAUAAAAGGAUAUUUGUCAAUAAAGUAUACGAUCGUAUUUUUUCAAAAAGAAUAUAUCCAAAAAUGUCAGAAACGUUUUUGGAAUACAUGGAACGAAUUGAAAAUAUUUUUUUCCCAAAACAAUCUGAGAUAAAAGAUUAUAUUUAUAAUGAAUACAAAAUAAAAUUUUUAACACAAAUAUCUAAAACUUCUUUUAAGAAUUAUAAAAAAUAUUAUCCAGAAUUCAAUUUAGAUUAUAGUGAAAUUAGACGUUCAACAAACAACGAUAAUAUAAUAGUUACAAUAUCGUUGUCAACAAGAAUGCCAAUCGUAUUUGAAACUUUUCCACACUACAAACAAAGAAUGUUUAUGCUUGCACUCAAUGGAUUAGACGAAGAAGAAUUCAACGAUUUAAAAAGAACUUACAUUGAACAAUGUGAAACGUAUAUGAAUUAUGUAAUCAGGAUGCAGGAAUUAGAAAUAAAACCAAUGGAUUUUAAGUAUGCUUUACAGCUUAAAAUAAUUGUUCCAAGAGAAGACGAAUUAGAUCCCACAUCAAAUGAAGACAACUUUAAUGAUCGCUAUAAAACAAUUAAAGACGAAAAGGAUCCCAUUAUAAUGCUUGAAGAUAGUUCAUUUUUUAUUGAACAUCCGGAGACAGCAGAACUUGCAACUGAUUUUUACAAUCGAGAAAAGGUCCGAGGAAACUAUCAAGAGGGAUUCACCGGGAAACGAAGAGUAGUUAAAUUUCACAAAAUCAAUCGACAAAUUUUCAUACUUAUUCAUCCAAGACCAUAUGAAAAUUAUACAAAAUACAAGGAUAGGAUAGGCAAAGUUCGAGAAAAUUAUGUGUUUGAGGAUUCACUAGAAAUUGAACCCUUUGGACAUGAAAUUUUCAAAACGUUUAUACAACCAUUAACAGAGAAUGAAUUUAAAGAUUUAAAAUCAAGAUUUCCUAAGUUAAGUGAAACUAUGCACAGUUAUACAACAAGACUUGAAGAAUAUCGUUUACCGAUAGUAAUUAACCCAAAUUUGUUCAAAACUUUUAAACGUAGCCAAAUCCAACCAUUUGAUAAAUUUGAAAUCUACCAGUUGAGAUACCAAAAAUUAGAGUCAAACAAGAAAAAAUUAUUGGCUAAAAUGAAUAUUUCAUUCUGUGAAGAAUAUAAAGAAUAUAAUUCUUUUCCUUCAUUUUUAAAGACGUUAGAUCCUUAUGACUACAAGGAUAUGAAAGAUGUUUGUCCAAAAUAUUAUCACACAUUAACAGAAUAUAACACAAUAAUGGAAAAUCUUUAUCUACAACAAUUUGAAAUGGACAUGUUUAUAAUGAUUAAGGAAGGCUUUCCACAUUUGCUUGACAAUGAUUAUGGAAAAUACAAAUCAAGAGUAGACAAUUCCAGUUUAUCGUUUUUGAAUGAAGAGGAAUUUAUACGAUUGAAAUCCUUUAUUCCUAAACGAUUUGAAAGCUUAAACGCUUUUGAAAUCAGAAUCUCAAUAAAUAUAUAUACCGCUGAUGAUAUUGAAAAUUUCAAAAGUAUUUAUCCAAAAGUUUGUAGUACACUUGACGAAUUUACAAUAACUAUGAAAAAUAUGGGAAUAGUAUCAUUGAUUAAAGAAACAUAUGAAUUUUAUAAUAAUCAAUUUCCUGAACGCGAUGAAACUAAAUAUGAUGAUUACCAUAAGAGAGUAACUGGUAAGCAAUAUACAUAAAAAUAUAUCAAUACA